AUUUUGUGCUGUAAUCCUCAAUUUUGUGUUUGGUAUAAAUAAAUCUUGUGGUCACAGCAACUGGAACAGUGCUUGCUGUGUUCCGUGCCAACUUCAUAGUUUUGCUACAUCUUAUUUGUUUCUUGUCUGCGGCUUACUUUUAUCUUAGAGGUGUCCAUUAACCCCUAAACAUAUGUUAAGCUGUUUCAACAUGAGGAGCAUUGUUCUUUUCCUUUUGAUUGUUACAGAAUGGUGUCAACCUGCACAUUUAAAGAUCAGCAGUGGCUGCAGUCAGGGUUUGCUACAUAAUUUUAAUUUCCCAGGACACGAUUUCCUUCAGAUUUUGUCACCUGAUGCAGGAUACUGUCAGCUACUUUGUACCUACCAUCCGAAAUGCCAGGCCUUCACCUUUGUUACGAAAGAAUGGGAUGCAGAUAACAGAAAAUUUUUCUGUUAUCUGAAGAGGUCAGAACUUGAAAAUCCCUGGAAUGAAACAUCACUUCAAAAUGUAAUUUCUGGAUUUACUUUGAAGUCAUGCUCCAGUUUUCCAAAAUCUUGCUAUCCAGAUAUAUUUAAUGAUAUAAAUUUUUUUGGAAGUGACUACAAGUCAUUAUCAAUGACUGACUACAAGCUCUGCCAGAAAGCCUGCACUAAUGACCCAAAUUGCCAGUUUUUCACAUAUGUGAAACCAGACUACCACGACCAGCAGCUUCGAACAACCUGCUUUCUAAAGAAAAUUGAAAACAUAAUACCACCUAUUGGAGAAUGUCUGGCAGAAAAUGUUUAUUUUAACGACAUUUACUAUCUUGAAUUUCUUGGGAAUACUAUGAAUAUCGUUGAUGGAAGUGACCAUCGUUCAACUAAGACAGAAUGCUCUGGUAAUCCUGUUUGUGAGUUUUUCACAGCCAAGACAGAAAAACAUCAACAAAACUGCCGUUGCAGUUGUGAAGUGAAGUCUAGCCCAGGACCUCUUCCAGCACCAAAAAUCAUAAACAAAUUGGAUAAAGUAGUUUCUGGAUUUUCUUUGAGAAAUUGUUAAAGGAUAUAAAUCAUGAUUAAACAAAAGUCAACACCAUCAGAUGAAGAGUAACAGCUGAAUAAAAUAUGAAUUAUUUCAAGUUAUGCAUGACUUUCCUGUUUUGUGCUGAAUGUUAUCACCUUUUGAUUGCAUGCAAAAAAACAUAAAUAUAACCUUACCUUAGUUUUGUUACCAUACAUAGAGUAAUUUAUCUGACUACAUGAAAACUGUGUCUUUCUCAAAAUAGUUUUGAUCUGCAUGCUGCAAAGAAAAAAAAAAUAAAUAAAAAGAGAGAACAUUUUCACUA